GCGGCACCAACGAACAUUAUGAAAUAAAUAGAGUCAAGUGCGAUCUGACUUGCAAGAACUACCACUUGGAACCAAUAAUGGGCCCUUGUAAGCCAACCAGCGCCUGCUUUUGCGAUGAUGGCUACGUCAGAAACUCUAAUGGAUUGUGCAUUCCAAAGAAGAAAUGCCCUCAAAAUUUAGUAUGCCCGCCGAACGAAGUGGUGUCCGAAUGUUACAACAGCUGCCUCAUGACCUGCAAGACCAGGCUCCGGAGCGACGGUAGAAUGUGCCACUUGGCCUGCAUCGAGACCGGCUGCGUUUGCAAGGAAGGCUACCUGAGGCACGACAAUGGCACUUGUGUUCCCAUCAGCCAGUGCUCGCCACCUCGCUGCAAUGAUAAUGAAACCUACUCGAAGUGCGGUACCGCGUGUCCCCCGACUUGUCAGAACAGAGGCGACAAUUGCACUGUCUGCACUAAACAGUGCGUCGAGGAUUGCUUCUGCAACAAGGGACUCGUGCGCGCUGAUGACGGCUGCUGCAUCAAUCCUAAAUGCUGUCCGCGUCGCGUCUGUGGUUCUAACGAAGUACUCGACCCAUGCCCCCCUACGUGUCCGCCUACGGAUAACUGCUCGAAUAUGUGGUCAAAGUUUGACUGCUCCAAAGCUAUCAAGUGCUGCAAGCCUCAGUGUCGUUGCAAGUCUGGCUACCUCAGAAAGAAUACAGUCUGCGUCCCUACUGAACAAUGUUUGACUUAAUUAAGGAUCGAUCACACUGUUACUUGACGCAG